AUGGCGAUGCACCGGCUGCUGAAGCAGAACCCAGGUGAUAAGGCGGCGGCAGGCAUUGGGCGACCACGGGGAGAAGUUUUGGGCUCCUCUUACAAAUGGGGUGCCAUGAACAUCGGUGUACAAGUCUUUGAAAUACCAACUGUUUUCAAGGGUGGUGGUAUACCGUUUUAUAUGCCCAUCAGUAGUGUAGGAGAGUUCCAGUUCCUUCACAUCAUCUCCAACACUUGGACAGCCUUUUCUACCUCAGGGAGGAAGAGAAACAUAGGCCACAAUGACGGAGACCCGCCAGAUGUGCACAGGAAGCUGCCAUCCAGUGGUGCAGAGGACCGAGCCAUGCUGCUAGGGUUUGCAAUGAUAGGCUUCUCUGUCCUAAUGUUCUUCUUGCUUGGAAUAACCAUUCUAAAGCCCUUCAUGCUCAGCACCCAGAGAGAAGAAUCUAACUGCACUAUCAUCCACACGUACAUCUUGGACGACUGGAUGGACUCUUUCACCUGUGGUGUGGACUGCUGAUGUCAGGGCAAGUACCCGUGUCUGCAGGUGUUUGUGAACCUCACCCCUUCAGGUCAGAAAGUGCUCCUACAUUAUAAUGAAGAGGCUGUCCAGAUAAAUUCCAAGCGUGACGUUACAGACUGCAAAGUUAAAGUAAAGCAGACAUUGACAGUUUCUGAUGAGCACAAACAGUAAGUGCAGUCACAGGCCAAACUUCUUGCCAGAAACAGCAAGACUGGGGAGAGGUCUUAAAUUUAGUGACACUGUAUUAUUCUAUAUUCUCAGUACAAUAACACAUGCACUUGCUGUGCCAAAUACUUUUUGGGCCAUCAUUAAAAGAACAUUUAAAAACAUUUUCCUCCUAACUAAUGCAGUAUAUACCACAGGACUCCAACUCAUUGAAUGACAAAAUAUAGUGAAAUAGAUUUGCUACAUUAAAUCGGGCUAAAGAGGGUGAUGGGAACUCCUUUUUGAAGCUUCCAAAGUCAACAUUUGAUGUAUCAGUAGUCUAAUUUUGGUAGUGCCACAUUCCCAAGAUGUUAAAGUGUUACGUUCUAAAAGCAUACAUUCUUUUAGAUUUUAUUCAAUCCAAUAAAGUCUGAGGACUGAGUCACAUUGAAACCAUUAACUGCAUUUGAAACUUUGGUUCCAUAGCCAAAAACAUUUCUACAAAUCAGAUGAAGGCCAAGCUGUCCAAAACUCUUAGGAACAUAAAUCUGGUAAGAGGAUUUUUCUUAUGAAAUCAAUGGAUAGUGACCACAUUUGGAAAUUUAUACUAGAAUUAAGUUUAGUCUUAUUAAAGAUAUUCUGAGAAAAUAAUAAAACAUUGAAGGUUUUCUGCCUCCUUGCUAUCCUAGAAGGAUUAACAAAAGUAAGAAUCACCUAAAAGUACACAUGGCUCUUAGCAUAACCACAAAAUUAUUGUAGUGAGAGAUUAAAUAAUGUUUUAGAUAGAUUCAUUAACUUAAUUUAAUGCUUACAAAAUGCAUUACCCUCCCCAUACUUACCAACAUGAGGACUGGAGUCUACUGUUGGUAGUGAAAAUCAGCUACCAAACUACACUAAUAUGUACAGUGGACUGAUUUUACUUUUUUCUUCCCUGCUAAAACUCUUAAGUGUAGUUGUGUAAAAAUUAAGUCGUAAGAUUUUCUUAUGGCUCGUAACUAUCACUUUAUGCUAACUAGCAUGGCUGAAAUA